UUUAGUGCGAUCGUUACGAGCGGCGACCUCGAAUCAACACUACUUGCUGUCAUCAACUCCGAAUAUACAAACUGUCAGACUAGGAUUUGUUGUGUUGCACGAUGGCUGUACCAAGGUUACUAUCGCGCGGGCGCUGUUCCUUUCCCCUGGCGACACCGUCAAUACGCGUCGCUCCAUCACUUAUCCCAUCGAUCAGAACAUCAAUUUCAAAGCGAGGUUUCACUGCCAAUCAACGCAGCCGGGAAGACAUUGUUCAGACUCCAUCGAGAGGGCCAGAGAUCGCACUUACUGAUGCACGCGCUCCGUCAACGUCCGCGGGCUCUUCAUCAGAAGCUGUCAUGAUGACAGUGCCAAAACGAUGGGCAAAAACGGACAUUGAACAGAUACUACGUUCUAAGGGAUGCACCAUCAAGAGAUUACUGAUGCGUGUUGAUCGCUUCACUUUUAUGAACGCUAUCACAUGUUUCGUCGAGCUUGGUAGUGAAGCAGAAGCUACCAAGGCCAUUAAGGAGCUUAACGGCUUCGAGGCACAGGGCAAAUCACUGGUUGUUAAGCCCUUGAACGCUGACUUCAGCUGGGAGAAAAGUGAGCAGCGGAAGGGCGGGCCUUUUGGCUCUCGCUACUUCAUUGACGAAGGCACCGCUGCAUAUGAUGCUAUGCGUCCGUUACUUGAACGUCGCCGCAUUGUACUUUCGGUCGAGACACCCGGAUGGUCCACAAACAAACGCUUUGCCGUGGCGGUACAGAACGCAGAGACAAUCAUUGAGCGACAAUUCGGCAAAUACGGGAUCGAGUCAGUCAGCGGAAUGUCGAGGUUCGACAGAGGAAAGACACAUGAGCCGAGUUUUCUAUGCCUCAUCGAUUUCAGGACCAAAGAGGGCGCGGAAAAAGCAGUCAACGAUCACCACGACACGCAAAUCGAGGGCCGCUUGACAUGGCUGAGACCUGCCCAACCUUCUGCGUGGAGGAUUCAUCAAAUCCAGAAGGUAGUGGGGCCAGAGGCGUUGAAAGCACUACAGGAAAGCGGUGUGGUGCCCGAGGACCAAGAGGUUUACGAGGACAAGUUUGUCAACCCACGGCCGAAGAGACGGGAGAGACAAUAGCAAGACAUAUCUAGCACAGAAAAGAGAUUCGCUACAUGCGUGCAUAUAGUCUUGUGAGAAGACCAGCGUUCAUCACACAUUCGAGAAAUGGUUAUAGAACAGCUAUGGUUUUGCUCAACCUACAAGAGCCUUUGUCAAGACCAUGUAUUGCUACUGCCGACAUGUUUUGUAUGGAAGCACCUGUUAUAAAAUCCGUACAUUAGCCAAGAAUUUGACGCUAUAUUAUGAGGAU